GCACUGCCUUCCGUCACAGCCUGCUACGUUCAAAUCGUUCCAAUUGCUAAUUAUGUACUUCUGUGUCCUUCUUGUCCGUUAAAUUUUUAUUCCUUUCUUAUCAAUCGUUCCUAGCACUUUUUGCCUCGUAAUGUGCGCCCAAAGCGAGUUACACGACUAUUCAGGGUGCUGCUGCGUCGCAAAACUUUCUCCUUCGUUAUCCUUUUGUAUUUGCAUAAAAAAUAGUUCGUUCUGAAACUUGGUCACUCUUUUAUGACGAAUACCAUCCGUUGCUUUAGUCAACAACGAAUUUGCAUUCUUCGUUGCGUAACGGACAAACUAAAGAAGUAUCAAACGGGUCAGUCUGGGUUCGAACAUUAAGAGAACCUUUCGCUCGUCUAUUCAUUCUUACGUUUGCCUCGAUGAUUCAAACGUUCCAAGGUGCGGAAUACAUAUAAUCGUAGUUCUUCUGUGCGUCUAAACCAAAUAGCUAUAUAACUAAGAAACGUCGAACUAUAUAUACUUCCAUUUAAUCCCAAAAUUAAUUCGGAUUGUAAUUAAUUAUAUUGGUAACAGCAACAACAAGAACGAUAAUAAUAAUAAUAAGAAGAAUAAUAAUAGUAGUAAAAAGGAGAAGAAAAAGGGAAAUUAACUAUGGCGUAAGUCGUAAAAAUAACGACAGACCGUAACCGUAGAUAUAAAGCUGAAAUUUAAGUUGAAAAGCAGUAAAUCGCCGUCCGUUGUUUUCAUGCACCGCACGACGUAACAGAUUUAAUAGCCUGAAAUUUUCUCAUCGAUUCGGCUAAUACGACUAACACGGCUAAUACGGCUAAUCCAGCUAAUACAGCUAAUCCAGCUAAUACGGCUCGUAGCUGCCAUCAAAUUAUCGUUGCGCUUAAAAUAUUCACCGCGCAAUCCCCUCGAUCCAAAUGUCUGUCACUGAUCAUGCAAUUAAACAUACCGCGAAAUAUAUCGAAAAAUCGUUGCAGUUUCUCAUAAGUCCUCAUCCAAAAGGACGAUUUUCAGCAUUCUGGCUACUUUUCCUUCCACCAAACAGUUAUAUCGAUACCGAUUAAUCAAUCAUCGCUGAUAUUCGGAAACUUGACUUUCUUCCGCUUCCUUCUCUUUGCUUUGUCUUUAAACGUGUCUUUAAACGAAAAUACUCACGUUGAAAGGAGUACGAAAUCGAUAGACUUUUUAAAAGCUCGCCAUUGUCCAUCCCGUUUUCGGUGCUAUAAUCGUUAUCGAUAGGUUUGGCGCGCUUCGAUUAUCGCUUCGCUCUACGGUUGUGACGUAACUCAUCUAAUAAAUCAUGAAAGUUUUGAGACGUUAAAAUUCUUACGAGCACCGGUAGAAAGCUGGUAAUAAAAAUAACACGAUUACAGCGACCUUUUAAACACGAAAAAUCCGGCAAGUACAGUAUCUCUCUUUGUCAAACUUUCGCCAUUACGCAGCGUAUUUUCGUAUUUUUUGAAACUGAACGUUUGAACUUUUGACAAAUUCUCUUCAUUUUCCAUAAUUUUGCACGCGGUUAGCCUCGAUCGUAAUUAACAAAAAUAUUUUCUUUCGUUGGUAAUACCGGCGGAUGCGGUAUGCGUGCAUCGGCUGCGACGAAGUUACCGUCUGUUCACGCGGACCAUGGUUUAUGGAUUUGCCCGACAUCGAAGAGAGUCGGCGAGAUAAACACGCGUAAGUGCGUAUACGCGUGCCGCGAACCCAGAAAACGUGACUCUCGCGAGUUGCCGGCGAACGUUUGCCAGGCAACCGUAAUUCCUUCGAUUCGAUUUAACCGGAGUACCAGUGGAAACGAGGCGACCAACAUUUUUGCCGCUCUAUGUGAGGUUAGCGUCGCGAGAAGUGGCCAAUAAGGAGAAACGUGAAUCGUCGCACGCACUCCAACAAAGACCACUAAUCGGCGAGCGUUCCAGAGAUAAAAGAAAAACUAUUUCGACGAAUGUAUUGGCUUGGCAACUAAGUGAUUGCGGAUUUUGUCAAUACCAUCUAAUGACAAAACCCGCAAUCACUUAGUUGCCAACUCAAUAGAACCGUGGACGAUGAAACUCGAUUGGAAAGACCGCACGAACCAGCUUCGCACCUCGUUCAGCUGUUAAAACGAAUCCUGGAAAUUGGAGGAAUUUUCGCAUAGCGUAAUUUCGUUGAUGCAUUUUUCUGAUUCGUCGCUGCUCCUGUUGACGAUACAAUUACGCUAGGCUACAGCGAUGGCACGCUCUUUCUACAAACCGGCUAGGAAAGGGGGUACAAUACCUAUAUAAAGCUUGAAUGAAGAUGCUCCCAGCUAUUCACUCUCACCUUUCUCACAAGCGUGUGCACGACGCAAAUCUUCCGCACGAAUCACGAGGGAAGAUCGGCUUCGUGUUCGUCUCCCGUCAAAAGGAUUUCGCUGCGAGGUUACAGGUAAAGAGGAUGAAGAAGAUCGCAGCGUUGCUGACCGUUGCUGGUCUCGUGGCCGUAGCCGUGUGCCAGGAAUACAUGCCAGGUGGACAUGCGUUGUUCGUGAGAACGUCAUCAUCCGCAGUCGCACACUCGAGAAUCCAGCGAGCUGCCCCGGUAUCGGCCGCAGACGUGAUGGCGCAAAAUAUCCUAGAGUGGAUUCAAGGGAUCUACCGACAGGGCGCACGUAAACCCCGUCAGCAGUCGGAUCCUCCAGGAUAUCUACCGCCGUAUAGCACGCAAAGACCACCGGAGAAACCUCGACCUUUCCAAGCGCCCUCGACCAGCCAGCAACCAACCUACACGACUCCUACUCAGAACCAGGCGACGAAUUAUCCUUACCAGAGACCGUCACCGAACGUCGAUUCGUCAUCCGGUCAGUCGACCGUACAAUCAUCGCCGUUCUCCACCCAAAGAUCGACGUAUCUUCCACCGAACAACCAAUCACCCUACGUACCAUCCUCUUACAAUCCUCGUCCUACCACGACACCGUCCUAUUCGAACGCUGGCUCUUCCGCUUUCCCGCCGUAUAGCUCCACUCCUCAGCAACCCUCCGCUUCCGCUGGAAUCUCGACCAGUUACGGUUACUCGACACCAGGCUUCACCACCAGUGCACCCGGUAGAUUCUCCACGCCAUCCGGUUUCUCCACUACUUAUGGCUAUUCGACUCAAAGGCCGAGUCCUACCUACGUGCCAUCCGCGCAAGGAUCAGCUUUUAACGAUGGAUAUACCAUAACCAACGGUUAUCCGACCGCUGGCGCCGGGGCCAAUUCCUACGAUCAAAGUGGCACGGCUGGAUAUCCUUCCUCGCCGAGUAGCUACCCUUCCUCUACUCCUGGCGGAGCGUUUCCUCCUCAAAAUACCGGCAGUGCAGCCAGCGGAACCAAUGUCGUGAAACCCCCUGGAACCUCUUCGAUCGGAGUUGCUACCGGCCCUGGCGGAGAAGAAUCGAGCGCUUCUGGAACGGGCGAGGGAAACGCGGAAGACGAUGACUUGAAACACCCGCCGCAUAUUCACGCUCUCGAUGUCGAGUGUGGCAAGACUAUGAUGACUAUCAACAUUGAGUUCAACCGCGUCUUUGACGGAGUCAUUUAUUCUAAGGGAUUCUAUACGAAUCCAGAUUGCAGGUACGUGGCACAGAAUUCCGGACAAACUCGAUAUUCGUUCACGUUGAAUCUAAAUUCCUGCGGCACCCAAUUCAUCAACGAUUUCGCGGGGCAAGCUGGCCAAGCAUACUUGGAGAACGUACUCGUCUUACAGAACGAACCAGGUAUACAAGAAGUUUGGGACACGGUACGCAGAGUUCGUUGCCUCUGGGAAGGAAACAUCAAUAAAGCCUUGACGGUUAACUUCUCCGUGGACAUGUUGAAUCAAGAAACAGUAACGUUCAGCGGUGACACAGCGAGCGCUAAGUUGGACAUACAAGUGGGAAGGGGACCGUUCGCGCCUACUGCCGAUGGCCUCGUUAAGAUCGGAGAGACCAUGACUUUGGUCGUUUCCGUAGAAGGAGAUCCCGCCUUCGAUCUUCAGGUUCGUGACUGUAUCGCUCGCGACGAAUCUUCCACUAACACGUUACAACUGACGGACGAAAUGGGAUGUAUAUUGAAACCUAAAUUAUUCGGUGCAUUCCAAAAGACGAACGAUACGGGAAAUACGGGGGCAUCGAUUAUCGCGUACGCGUACUUUCAAGCUUUUAAAUUCCCCGAUGUGAUGGACCUGUUCAUCGAAUGCAACGUGGAAUUGUGCAAGACCGAUUGCGAACCAUGUUCAAAUACCAAUCAGCAAAUCGAACCGGGUAGACGGCGACGAUCGAUAAUGUCGACAUCGACAAACACGACAUCGAACAGUUCGGCCGUGCCACUCUCGGAUCCGAUACGCGUCGCUCGUGGCUUCAAAGUAAUCAUGGUGGAGGACUUGAGCAAAGCUAGCAACCAAGUUUUGGAACAGCUCGAGGAAACUGCCGUUGAGGAAGUUGCAAGAAGCUCAAUGAACGUUUGCAUGACAUACAGUGGCUUUUAUACCGCGAUCUCGUUUUUCUUGACUACCAUUCUCGUCACUACUAUCAGUGCGGUUACGCUUUACGUCAAGUUGCAACGAGUAUACGAAUCGAAAGUCAUCUAUUCGUAGGAAUUUCACUCGGUAUCGACAAAUGGUCACGGCUGAUCGACUGACGUUACGAUCACGACUAUCCGUUAGCGUUCGUAUCUUUCGUUACAAGCUAUCGGCUUCCUAACGUGCCUGUCUUUCGUAUUAGGUUUCAUCUUCAUCGCUUGUAAUCUAGAAUGACAAGCUGCACACAAGAGAGAAUCGAUGACGCGAAAAACAUUUUAUCGCAGUAUAGCAUCCUUGCGACAUUUCUCGGGGGGUAAUAACCACGUAUUUUCACUUUAUUUAUAUCGGUUAUAUCACAUAGUUUCGUUUUAAUACUGGUAAUGUCAAUUUCACGCCAUAUUUCUCUUGUGCCGAAGUUUCAGAUAUCCAACUGCCGUACUUCAAUAAAACUAAAAUUAAGUUUUUUAUUUUAAACACGAAGCGAC